AGUCAAACAAUGGAUAAGAUAUGUUGCUAUACAGAUAAAAGAUAAGUCAUGUUUGAGUUAAAAAUAAUUGAAUGAAAAUAUAUAUUAUUUUAAUUUAAAAGUUAGUCUUAAAAUGCCAGUCAAUCAUGAUGUAUUGUUUUCAGAUCGUGAAUAUCCUACACCACCUUUACAAGAUGCUGAUACAUGGUCAUCAGUUUUUGAUGAGCCUUUGUCAACUACUGCUCCAGUCACACCUCGUAUACAUCAAGAUUCCAGAAAUAAUAUAGUACUUCAACGUCGGCCUAUUCCAAUAAGCACCCAAGAUUGGAUAUCAACAAAUAGUCCACAACUUAGUCCAUUAACAGCUGAAGAUUUUUUAUCAAAUGUUGAACAACUUGAAAUUCAUCUUGUUAUUGAUUUGAGUACACUUUUGGGACAAUCAAAAAAUGGAAAUCAGUACAAAGUCAAAGUACCAGGAGGUGAAACAUUAUUUAUUUCAUUAGAAUAUUCAAAUCGAUGGCAACGUAUUUUAUUUGGUUCAUCUCGUUAUUAUGAUAUUAUUUUAAAAGAUGCAUCUGGAGAAUUUAGUUUUUGUUUUAUUAAAAAUUUUAGUUUUGGAUUUUUACCUGGUUUUUUGCAUAAAAUGAUUGUUAAAACAAAUGAUUUUAUAGGAAGUAUUGAACAAGAGUAUUCUUUGAUUAGUCAAAGAUUUAAAAUUUACAAUGAAAAUAGAGAAAUUAUUUGUCACAUUGAAGGACCAAAUAUGUGCUGUUGUUGUAUUGGAAAAGAUAUAAGUUUUCAUGUAUUAUCAGCUGAUAAAAGUAUUAAAAUUGCAUCGAUAAGUCAUCAAUGGGAUCAACAAUUGGCUGACAAUAUUCUUCUUUUAACAUUUUCAGAAAAUAUUAAUGUCAGAGUUAAGAGUAUUUUACUUGGUGCAGCUUUUCUUAUGCAAUCUCUUUACUUUGAUCAGGUCUCUGUUAAUCAUCACAGUACACCCGGAAAUUGAGAUAAAAAUUACUUUAACAAAAAGUAAAAUAAUAAAUAUAUAUAAUUAUAUUAAUUAAUUAAAAAAUUUAUUUUCAUUUAUUAUAAUGACAAUUGUAGAAAUUUAAUUUUAUAUACUGAAUAAUAAAAUUUUUUUAUUUUAAUU